ACCCCGGCCGGCCGCCAUGUCGUACAUGCUCCCGCACUUGCACAACGGCUGGCAGGUGGACCAGGCCAUCCUGUCGGAGGAGGACCGCGUGGUGGUCAUCCGCUUCGGGCACGACUGGGACCCCACGUGCAUGAAGAUGGACGAGGUGCUGUACAGCAUCGCCGAGAAGGUUAAGAAUUUUGCAGUCAUCUAUCUGGUGGAUAUCACAGAGGUGCCUGACUUCAAUAAGAUGUACGAACUGUACGACCCCUGCACGGUGAUGUUCUUCUUCAGGAAUAAGCACAUCAUGAUCGACCUGGGUACCGGCAACAACAACAAGAUCAACUGGGCCAUGGAGGACAAGCAGGAGAUGAUCGACAUCAUCGAGACCGUGUACCGGGGAGCCCGCAAGGGCCGGGGGCUGGUGGUGUCUCCCAAGGACUACUCCACCAAGUACCGCUACUGAGCCCGGGCCCGAGGACUUGGCCUCCAGUACUGUACUCAGCCCAGGCCCGAGGACUUGUCCUCCAGUACUGUACUCAGCUCAGGCCUGAGGACUUGUCCUCCAGUACUGUACUGGGCCCAGGCCCGAGGACUUGUCCUCCAGUACUGUACUGAGCCCAGGCCCGAGGACUCCUAUCACCAAGUACUGCAGGCCUGUGGAUGUAGCCUUCCACCUCGAGCAGGCCCAGCCUCUGCCAGGUGACCCCCGGCCUGGCCUGUUUCCCUUCAGUAGACUGGCCGCAGCUGGAAUGAAGCCCCCACAGUGCCUCACAGGCGCCUUAGCAGCUGGCCGCCAAGAGGGGGUCUCCACGCUGGGGGAGUGGGCCUGUCAGGUGCCCUCUUACUACAUCUGUCAGGGUCUGCAUGUCUCCUGAGCUGCUGUCACUGGAGCCGGUGACCUGGCAGAAAUGUGCAUCUGAGGCUCUGCGACGCACGUGGACAGGGCCGUCCUGCCCUGCCCUCCAUUCCCUGGCGUUCCUCCAGGUGGAGUGACCCGGGACACAGCUGCAUUUAUUUGGGCUCAAGGUCAGGUCUGCCUCCACCCUCUGAGCCAGGACGUGUGGUGCUGCAUCUCAGUUGGCAUCUGUGGUAACACCAAGUGGCCAUGUGAAGAGACACCAGCAGGUCACGGAGACAUGUCCAGACAGAGUCACCUGCUGCUGAGGUGAGGCUCAUGGGCCAAACCAGGCAGAACUGCAGGAGCUUACGGCCAUGUGGAAGGGCAGUGGAGGGCCAGAGAGGGACCCACAGCCCCACCUGCUUGCUGAGAGCGGAGCCUGCCUGGCCCUGCAGAAACCCACCCGCACUGACAUUCACCUGUAAGGUCACUUGGCCACAGCUCCCGGGUGGCCCCCAAAACUAGGAAUGGAGGGGGCUUGAGCCCCUAGAGGUGCAUCCCGCUUCACCUGAGGCUUGAAGACCCCAGGCUCUGACUCCGCUCUAUGCCAGGGUAGAGUGCUGCUCUUGUGUGUCAUAAAAUCAAUAAAUUAUUUUGUUUUA